AUGCAGGAGGACGCGUCCACGCCUUCCACGCACAACCCACAGUACUCCAAGCAUCUCUCGCGUGCUUACAAGGACAUCGCCAAGACUGCAAAGAUCAAUCUGGACUCUAUAGAGGCAUAUGCAAGAGAGCUAGCAAGCCUUGAUACAGCCUUAUCGGCACCGUCUGGACCGAAACAUAAAAGGGUUCUGCACCAACCCCAGAGGGGAGCAGGCUCCAGAGGUCCUCCUAAUGCUAGAGGAGGAAAGUAUCGAGACUCUGAAGAACGUAGUUCAGACGCAACUGACGACGAAUCGGAGUGCAUGCUUAUUUCGUGCCUCGUGGUCAUAGUGCGUCAUAUCGUGUUUGCUUUUCGCUCAGCCGAGCACCUGGAGCGCUUUUCUCGCGAGAUCAAACGAUACAAUGAAGAGGUAGAGGUGCAGUCAAUCCUUCGCAUUUAUAUCGCCCUUGACGGAUCGGCGUCCAGCUACCAUGUCUGUGACCUCACUAAUAAGCAACUGUCGCUCCUACUCACAAAGGGUCUAUAUCACGAGACUAACGUUCCUGACACUGGAAUGGGACACAUACACCUAGUUUGCUUUCCGCUGAUGGCAGCUGUCAAGCUGCCGUUCAUUGAGUCUGCGGGAAUGCAGAUAAAUGUCAUGGGCAGAAUACUGACUCAGGGUUUUGAAGACAACAGGAAGGAGAUCACGGAACAAGGUGUCACCAUGCCGACAGUCCCAUUUUCUGCAAAGUGCGAUCUGCCGAAUCUCUUGAAGCCAAUCUAUGAUAAUGUUGUAAUAUCUUCUGGCAAAGCAAUAACGCACACCUCAUACCUCGGGCUUCCCAACACCGCAGAGCUUCUUUAUGAUUCCGAGAAGAUGACAGAGCAUGGACUUCCAUUAGUGGGAACAUUGCAGCGAGAUGCAAUCAAGCAUUACCGGUUUUUGACAGAAAGCGACUUCAGCGAGAUAAGCUAUUAUCCCGCUGCACUUAGUUUCAUUGGCUAUAUAUUUUGUAACUCAGGCAAGGCCGAUGAGUUCAUUCGUCGGUACAAGCAAAAGACAGAGCUCGUGGCACUUAUAUCUCGCUCUUCUAUAAUUUUGACUGGCACACUCAAAGAGCAGAAACUGGUAACUAAUGCCUCAACGUAUACACACGAAGACACCGACUUCCUAAGACGUCAGUAUUGCGAUGAGCUUUCAUCAGAAGAGGAUGCACUGAUACGCAGUGGAAAAGAAGGUAACUACUAUAUGAGGGUGUCCACUGGAAAAGGCGCUCAGCACUCCCAUAGGGGAACAUCACUAAAUGGAGGAGCAUUCGUGCCGGGAUCACCACGAUCCAGCACUCUUUCUGCGAUGCCUCCACUGCAGAGUCAACACUUAAGUAAGUAUCCAAAGCCUGUAGCGCCAGAAGGGUGCAUUCCCAUUCUCGUCUCUAACAUGGAGUGUAGGUAUCUCCCCAAUGAAGUGUCCACAGUGACGCUAGAACUGAUCUUUGGAUCAUAUCCGGUGCAGCAGGCGCUUCAGCCGGUUCCUGCUACAGACGGGCAUGCGAUGUGGGUUGGGGAUACUGUGACACUACACUUUAAUCCCUAUAAGAUUGUCCCCUACAUUGAGUUUAUUUUGCGGGGCUACGACAUAAAGGGCUCCUUGUGUUACAGUGAUGUGGCUAUCCUCUCAUUAGUAAGUCUCUUCACAGCAAAGACUCUGCAGGGAUGGACCCUUUGCAAAGUAGUGGGGCAGAUCUAUUCACGCAUAACCACACCUCUCGUGGACCAGACAGUCAUUUCUGGCAUGUCUGUUUUCACCGAAACAGGCCAGAUUUGUAACCUCCAACAUGAUACCAUAGGCUUAUCAGACCAGGAUUUAACCGCUACGUACCAAUCUACUUCCAACGUAGGGAGUCAUAGCAACUAUCAUUUAAAUACUGCUAAUGAUGAUAGCAUUCUCUCGGUCAUAAGCGAAGCAGCCGACAUAGACCAACACAUUCGGAACAUUUCACGCUUUGGGCCAGUGUCAAACAAUGAAGAUUCUCUUUCAAUUCUCCGUCUAAGUGCAACCAGGCCUGUUAUUGGCAACGAGGGCACUUCUGUACUUAAGAUGCAGCUGCAGACAGAGCAAGCCAGCGACCUUGAGAACUACGCGCCCCUUGGAAACGAUGUGGAAACCGCUGCAGUGCUAUUCAAGUAUGGUUGCGGUGAAGCAGAGCUAGGUCACAAAUAUAACGAUACUUACGAUCGGCCUGUAAUACACAAUAGACCAGCUCAUACUGCCCAGCACUCUUCUGAUUCUACUUCAUCUUAUGAUGACGGAUCGUCACGCUCUUCUGGAUUUUCUGUGGACCUCCACACCAGCUUGGAGAGGCCAAAACCGGCAGCCACGCACUUAACAGGAAAGACCAAUGUGAAGUCUCAGGGUCGUCUCACAGUCAACUUUGGACAUCAGACUAGCAGUGAUAGCUCUAGCUACAGCAGUGACGACGGCGAGCUGAGCAGGAAAGACAGUGAUGGGAAGAAGAGAUAUGUUCCUGAUAAACAGUGGCUUCUUGAACGUGCAAGGGAUGUCUUUCAAAGAAGAAGUAGCAGCGAUGACUCUAGCGACUCUGAUUAUUGA